GGCGCGUCUCGGCGAGUCACGGUGAUGGCGGCCACCAUCCUGUGCUGAGGCGGUGGAUCCUCUGCGGGUCUCGGAGAGACCGUCCGCACCUCGCGCCCUCUGCGGCUGGCUCGUCGGGAAGCUCGGCGGGCCGAGCUCUGCGGGAAGGCCCGCGGCGCAGCCGUGGGGUGGGGGGGGGCAGCACCCCGGACCCGGUAGCGGAGGGAGCGGCUCGGUAGGGCGAAUGUGACCAGCCCCCGCCCCCAUCGCCUUCCUCGUGAGAGCGCGAGCCGCGCGGGCGACCCCGGGGCGGCCCGGCCACAGACCCCGCCCAGCAGGCCAGCACUCCCGGCCCCGGCGCAGGCCCGGCCCCGAGCUGCGGCGACACCAUGCAGGUCACCCUGAAGACCCUUCAGCAGCAGACCUUCAAGAUCGACAUCGACCCGGAGGAGACGGUGAAAGCACUGAAAGAGAAGAUUGAAUCCGAAAAGGGGAAGGAUGCCUUUCCAGUUGCAGGUCAAAAGUUAAUUUAUGCAGGCAAAAUUCUCAAUGAUGAUACUGCUCUCAAAGAAUACAAAAUUGAUGAGAAAAACUUCGUGGUGGUUAUGGUGACGAAACCCAAAGCAGUGACACCACCAGUGCCAGCUACAACUCAGCAGUCAAAUCCUCCUACCACUACCACAGUGAGUUCUUCCACAGCAACAGUGGUAGCCCAGGCCCCAACUCCUGCCCCUGCUUUGGCUCCCACGUCCACACCUGUGUCCAUCGCUCCAGCCUCAACGACAGCAUCUUCUGAGCCUGCACCUGCUAGUGUGACUCAGCAAGAGAAGCCUGUAGAAAAGCCUGUGGAGACACCAGUGGUUUCUAGCCCAGUAUCAACUGACAGUACAUCAGGAGAUUCUUCUCGGUCAAAUCUUUUUGAAGAUGCAACAAGUGCACUUGUGACAGGUCAGUCUUAUGAGAAUAUGGUGACUGAGAUCAUGUCAAUGGGUUAUGAACGAGAGCAAGUCAUUGCAGCCCUGAGAGCCAGUUUCAACAAUCCUGACAGAGCUGUGGAAUAUCUUUUAAUGGGUAUCCCUGGAGAUAGAGAAAGUCAGGCAGUGGUUGACCCUCCUCAGGCUGCCAGCACCGGGGCUCCUCAGUCUUCAGCCGUGGCUGCAGCUGCAGCAACGACAGCAGCCGCGACGACGACAACCAGUUCCGGAGGGCAUCCCCUUGAAUUUUUACGGAAUCAGCCCCAGUUUCAACAGAUGAGACAAAUUAUCCAACAGAAUCCUUCACUGCUUCCAGCCUUGCUACAACAAAUAGGCCGGGAGAAUCCUCAGUUACUGCAGCAAAUCAGCCAACACCAGGAGCAUUUUAUUCAGAUGCUAAAUGAACCAGUUCAAGAAGCUGGUGGUCAGGGGGGAGGAGGAGGUGGAGGUGGCAGCGGUGGAAUUGCAGAAGCUGGAAGUGGGCACAUGAACUACAUUCAAGUCACACCUCAGGAAAAAGAAGCAAUAGAAAGGUUAAAGGCACUAGGAUUUCCUGAAGGACUUGUGAUACAGGCAUAUUUUGCUUGUGAGAAGAAUGAGAAUUUGGCUGCCAAUUUUCUGCUACAGCAAAACUUUGAUGAAGAUUGAAGGGACUCUUUUGUAUCUCACACUUCACGCCAGUGCAUUACACUAACUUUGUUCACUGGAUUGUCUGGGAUGACUUGGGCUCAUAUCCACAAUAUUUGGUAUAUGUAGUAGGUUGUUGGGGGAGGGGAGGGAGGGAUCUAGGCUAUUGGGCAGGGAUAAAUACAGUGCAUGUCUGCUUCAGGUAGCAGAUGCUGCAAAUCCAGUGUAAAAUACUAUACAACCAAAAAUCCGCUUUUGCAGGUUUUUAUUUCUUCUGUAAACAAUAGGUACCUUUUCCUAGGUUUCAUUCUUUAGUGUAUUAGAUCCAGAAACUUAGUGUAAUGCCCUGCUUUACAAUUCUUUGACUUACCAUUGAUUUCCGGAAGAUCUUUGCUACCUAGAAUAUACAUUCUCUGUUCCAUAGCAACACUGGAUAAUGGCUUUUUGAAAUUGAAAAAAAAAAUUUGGAGCAACCAUAAACUGAAAUGCCAAAUUAUUGAUGGUUAUUGUUGCUGCUGCACAGAAAUAUAAAUUGAUGUAUAAGAAAGCCCACUUUUUCAUGUUAAAUAUUUGGGGUGAGGGAGGGUAGAAAGGGAACUUUUUCUUAAAAUGAAAGUAAUUACUGCUAUUUUAAAAUUUCUUGAUUCUUGAAUGUGAGACCCUUCUAACACGAUUUGAGAAGCUGUACAAGUAUAAGCAGAGUUAUUUUCCUGUUUACAUUUUUUUGUUUGUUUUGGGGGAAAUUGGUAGGUGUCUAAUUACUGUUUACUUCAUUGUUAUCUUGCAGUAAAAGAUUUAAACCAACCAGUGCAUGUUUGCUUUGCUGUAUCUCCUUGUGAAGUUAGCACUGUUGGGGCCAAUGAAGAAAUGCAGCAUUCACUACCCUCCCCCCUUCUCAGCAGAAUGUGUCUAAUCAGCAGGUAGCGAGUUCAACUUGCUGCCUGUUUUAAAAACCCACAAAAUGCUGAUUCAGCCCAGAAUUAAUGCAAAUGUUUCAAAACUGGGUUUGUGAUAUUUGUAGAUUUUUAUUAGAUAAGAAUGUGUCACCAUUAAAUUCAUUAAUAUUACAAAGAGAAGGUGGACAGAACUAGAGUCCGACGUCUUUGACUGCACUUAAAAGACUGGAGAAGCCUUCUGGAGGGUUGGGAGCUGUGGCUGGAAAAGUGCUUUGGAAAUACACAAUCAAGAUAUCUCAUGGCAUAUUAAAUGAAAGAUCUGAUUAGCAGUGUUGGCUUUUAUUUGGAUUUCUUCAUCUCAGUUUUUUCUUUGGAAUCUACUUCAUUGGCAUUGUUACAUGAUCAUAAAGAGGGGGCAGAUAUCUACUUGUGAAUUUAUCAAAUCUAUUUUGCUGACUAUAAACAAGACUAUUGAAAGAAGUACUAUUUUUUUCCUAUCAUCUGCUACUGCGAAGAAGAUGGAUUUGCACAGCUUUCAUCUGCCUAACCUCUUGCAAUGUUCUCAGCACCGUCUGGUGGUGACUCUUGAGCUUUUUCAUCAUGCACUCGUAACCUGACUCAUGAAAAUAAAUGAAACCAUGAUUUUCCUUCACAAUGAA